CUAACCUAACUUUUCUGGGAUUGUUUAUAUUUUCAGUCUACAAGGAAAUAUUUUAAAUUAAAUCCAAGAAUGAGCUAUUAAUCCAGUAAAUUCAGUAAUCAAGUUAAAAUGUGGCACUUGUUGCAAGCUCAAUCGUGCCAUUGUUUACGGCAAAGGAUUGCGCCGCUUAAAAGCAAUGGUUUUUAUAUAAAUUUUAUUAAAAAUAAAGAAUCUGACGUCAUAAGAAGGUACAUUACCAAUUUAAGACAAUCAAAGGACAGUGAAUUAAAAGUUGGACUUUUGAACUUUAUAAGUCCAUGGAAGCUAUGUGCAGGUGUGAGUUUAGGUUUAGCGGUUCGCUCAUUGAUAAGUAACGCAUCCGUACUUUGUAAGGCACAGCCACCUUCAAGAAUAAUUCAGAGACGACCAAAUAUUAACAAGGACAGUGAAAAGUUUGACUGGAAUAGAUUCUUUGGAUAUCUCAAACCUCAUAAAUGGCUUUUACUUGCUGCUGUUGCUUCUGCUUUGGCGGUAGCAUUUCUGAACAUCUACAUUCCAGCCAUGUUGGGAGUUAUUGUGAAUAUACUGGCUGACAUGAAACACAAUUCUGGCACUGACUUCAUGGACCAGAUCAAGUUGCCAGCAGCUAAGAUGAUUGUAUUGUACAUUGGUCAGGCUGCAUUUACAUUCUUCUACAUUCAUUUACUCGCUCAAGUUGGUGAAAGAGUUGCUUCACAAAUGAAGCAGGAUCUCUUUGUAUCUAUUCUCAAUCAGGAUAUGAGUUUUUUUGACCAAGAGAGGACCGGAGAACUUGUUAACAGGUUAACAGUUGAUGUGCAAGAUUUCAAGAGUUCAUUCAAGCAAACUAUAUCCGGUGGACUUAGAGCAAUAACCCAGGUGGUUGGGUCAGCUGUAAGUCUCCUCGUCAUAUCUCCACAUCUCACCGGGCUCACUCUCGUGUGUGUUCCGUCUGUUGUCAUCGGAGGAACAUUCAUUGGAUCAUUACUCAGGAAAUUGUCUAGAGAUGUACAGGCCCAGAUAGAAAAAGCAACGUUAGUCGCUGAAGAGGCGAUUGCAAACAUACGCACGGUGCGAGCAUUCGCCGGCGAGGAGAACGAAGCGAAGAUGUUCGCCGAGGAGUGUGAAACUGCCGCUGAUUUAAGCACUGAGCUGGGAUUGGGUGUGGGUUUGUUCCAAGCUGGAACCAAUUUGUUUCUGAAUGGUAUGGUGUUGGCAACGAUGUUCCUAGGAGGCCACCUAAUGUCCACGGGCCAGAUGUCAGCGGGGGAUGUGAUGGCAUUCUUGGUCAACGCGCAGACCAUACAGCGGUCUGUGGCUCAGAUAUCGUUGCUGUUUGGCUCUGUGGUCAAGGGUGUGAGCGCAGGGGGAAGGGUGUUCGAGUACAUCAACAAAGAACCAGUGAUGGACACUUCCGGCACGAAGAUAGUCAAGUACCACGAAUUCCACGGUGACAUUGAAUUCAAAAACGUAACGUUCUCGUAUCCGUCGCGCCCGGAAGCGGUAGUGCUUAAAAAUUUCAAUUUGAAAAUUCCGGCUGGAAAGACCGUUGCCAUUAUAGGCAGUUCCGGGAACGGCAAAUCUACUAUAGCUGCUCUAUUAGAAAGGUUCUACGAUGUAAACGAGGGCAGCGUCGCGAUAGACGGCAUCGACGUCCGCGAUAUGGAUGGAAAGUGGCUCCGUGGACGAGCGCUGGGCUUCAUCAGUCAAGAGCCGGUGCUGUUUGCAACCAGCGUGCGGGAGAACAUCCGAUAUGGGAAACCCGACGCCACAGAUGAAGAGAUAUACGAAGCCGCCAAGACGGCGAAUGCUGAUGAGUUCAUCCGCAAGUUUCCGGCGGGGUACGAGACACUGGUCGGGGAGAGGGGUAUGUCCCUCAGCGGAGGACAGAAGCAGAGGAUCGCGAUCGCCAGAGCAGUACUCAAGAACCCGCCCGUUAUGAUCCUAGAUGAGGCCACGAGUGCGUUGGACGCGAGUAGCGAACGUGAGGUUCAACGCGCGUUGGAGCGUGCCUCCAAGGGACGCACGGUGCUGGUGAUAGCACACCGGCUGUCCACCAUCAUCAACGCAGACCUGAUAGUGGUGCUGCAUCGAGGGAGUAUCGUUGAGAUGGGAACGCAUGACCAACUGAAGAAGCAGAAAGGUCACUAUUGGAAUCUUAUCAAGCAACAAGAUCAAGGGGCUGACGACUCUAGAUCUCUAUAAGUACCUUACCUCAUGAUUUAGCUCAAUUUUAUUUAUUUAUUGGUGCCUUUACGCAGUAUUUGUGGUAGAUUGAUAGAUUUAGAUUAGUUAAAUUAAUUUCAAUGGCAAAAUUCUAUUCUCAUGAAUUUAUUCUGCAGCACCGCCCUUUUAUACAAUCGGCCUGUUGUGAUUGGUCGGCCGUGGUGAAGCCCCGCCCCUAAACCAUUUUGUGGAACUUGGAAUUAACAGUAAAGAUUAUUAUUUAUAAUAUUUAAAUAGAUAUGUUUCUUUAUCAGUUUAAACCGUGUAUAGAGAAACUGUGUUGCUUAUAUUUUAAUGCCUCAAAUUUAUACUGCUAGUUGUAUAGACUGUUUCAAUCUGAAUCAACCAUAUUAUAUUAUGAUGGCUAUAAGCAUGAUGACAGAUUUUGAAUCAGUUUCUAAAAUGUUGGUCUCAACAGAACUGCGGUGGUGGCGAGAAUAUUGUUUUUUAAAGGGACUAAAAGAAAUUAAAAGUUACUCACAGUCUAUAUUAUUUAUUUAAUAUUUCGAUCCGAUUGCAUGAAUCAUGAUCACGACAGAACUGCAAUAAAUUAUAUAAUAUCGUACCUGUGAUAAUAAUAAUAAAUAAAUGCGAAAUUCAACCCGCACCACUUGACGUCUGGCAUUCUACGACCGCGCCUUUUCUCGCAAAACUUCUUGCCUCGUACAGCCGCGUUUGGAAUCAAUUACUGGCUGCAGUAUUCCCGAAUCGACUUAGGGACCUUCAAGCGUAGAGUAUAUACUCCUUAGGCCGUCAACGCGUCUCUUGAUCCCUGGUGUUGCGGAUGUCCAUCGGCGGGUGCCUCACCACUACCCGCCACGUGAGCCUCUUGCCCGUUUCUUCCCUUUUACAUCGGCGUAGGUAGUAUUUUGGUAAGGGGGGGAGGGGAGUAGACAAACCAAUUUAAUAGUACGAUCUUAUAAAAUUCGCCUACCUAUAGAAUUAAUUUUAUUUUUGUUUAUUAAUAGGCUACCUACGUACCUACUAAUAUUACUUGUGAGCAUUCCUACAUUUUCUAGAGGGGGCCAAGAUUCCCCCCCACCCUCUGCUGUGAAAAAAAAAACAAUGCUUAAGUCCGCGAUCAUAAAAGUUUGAAAGCAGAAUUGCUUUCGGCUUAAAAGUUUAUCGCCGCCUCCGCAUGUCUGCUGUGAUCAUCGUCCAUGCAAUUGACUCGAAUAAUCGGUGUCGCUAGAUUAUUUAAUUUGGCGAUGAAUUAAUUUCGCAUAUUUGAUGAAUUUUAUAUGUAUUAUUGAUAGUUAUAUGUUUAAAGUGGAAUUUUAUGAGACGGCUUAUAUUAAUUUAUUAUUUAGUGACAUGUUAAGGUGUGAAUAGUAAAUUUGUUGAAUUA